GUUCCACUAAAUUCGGUCUACUUAGUAUCAUUCAUUUGGUUGAACUUCGUGUAAACACUCUUCUCGUAAGGUUACAUUUAUGAACACGAUUAUUUGGCCAGUAGUUCAUUGACAACAGUUGUGCGAAGACGAACGAACAAUGGCCGCUGCAGGAAGUACGAGUGCCGGUACAAUUUUGCAGAAACUCGGUUUAAAGCCGAUCACGAAAUGUAGUCUUGUCAAAUUUUACGCUCCCGCUUUCGGCGUUGCUUCGUACACCGCAUUAUCUAUCAACGUGAUGAAUCCGAGUCUUGUCAUCAGGGUCUUUCCAAAAAAAGAUAUUACAAACUUCUUAUUGGGAAGUGCUCUUCUUGGCACUGGCUCUUACAUAUAUAGUCGUGAUCAUAUGAAAAGUGCUUCUACAAGUGUAAAAGUUUUGUAUAGUACUGCUGGUGCUGUAUUACUGAGCUUUGGAUCAGUGUUAGUAUGGGCUGUACUUCGAUCCAUUGUACCACCUAAUCCAACUCUAUGUACAGUAAUUGGUAUUAGUUCGGGGCUUGCAUUCAUCAAAGUUGGUUCCAGUUAUCUAAACUUUGUUGAUAGUCAGAUACCAAAAAAGUAGAUUGAAAUAAGUUUUGUGAUUGACAUAUGAUCAAUAUAUAUCAAAUGCAUCCAAACAAAAAAUUUGCAAUAAUAUAACGUAAAAUAGCAGAUUAUAUUGAAUUGAUAACAAAGAAAGAAAUUUACACACUAAGCAAGGAAUUCUUGAAAGUUUAUAAAUUUUUAUAUUUUCUAUGAUCUUUGUCCUAUAAAUGUCAGGAAAUAACAAGUCAAAUUAUGUUGAAAAUAAUCAUGAAUUGCUUUUAUUUUGUAUUUGUUAAUUAUUUGCAAGUUCUAACAAUUACACAGAGGACAUAUAAAAUAAAAAUUUAAAUAUCAUUAUUAAAAAUAUACCUCACAUUUUUUGUAUGUAUGAAAUUAUAAUUUAUAUGUUAAAAAAAAGAAUAGGAAAAAACGGAAGAAAAAUUUUGUUAACACGAACACAUUUUCCAAAACAUAUACCAUCUUUAUUCAAGUAAUUGAUUAGCAGUAGUAGUAGAAAUGUGCACAUUUUUUCAGCAGUUUUAAUAAAUGUUGUACUAGAAAAAAUUCAGAAGAUUUUAUAUUGUAAUAACUUAUGUAGUAUUUGGAAUCAGCGUAAGUAUAACAAAUAAAAAACAUGUUAUUGAGAAUUAGUUUCAAACCAGAACAAAGUGUGUAUGAUUUGCAAAAAUAUAUAUGCGUGCACUAUAACAGGAAAUUGUAUUAUUUAUACAAUAAAUUCUGUUAUAAAUUUGAAUUGGCACAAUUUGUCAACAUAUUUAUUUAUAAGAGAAAGGAAAAUCUUUUAGUUUAUUAUCAAAGCUUUUUUUAUUUUAUUAGUAAAUUUUGCAAUAUACAAAAUAUAUUUGUAUGACAAUGUGUGUACAUCUUACUUGUCGAAGGAUAACUGUAUGUACAAAUCAUGUUCAUAUACUAGCAUUCAUGCUAUAUUAUGUGAGUAAUGAUAAUAAAUAAAAAUCAACGUAAAGUAUUAAAAAUACACAUGAAAUUCGAGUGGUUCAUAUCUUAUCAUAUAGUCGCAAAUUUAAUUAUGCUAUAAGAAAUUUUGUAUUAUUAUUUAUUUUAUAUUGAAUGUAAAAUAUUAUGGAGAUGACAAAGCCAUGGAAAACUCUGACAGGUACAAUUAGUUAUUUAAAAGAUGUGAUACUUUAUUUUGUGUAUAUUUUUUCAAUUUAUUGCUUUGUGUACAUGUCGUGAAAAAUAUAAUUUAUGUUUAAAAAUUGAUUCUUUGAUUUGAGAAAAUGAUAUUUAUGCAUGUUACUGAAAUAUGUUUACAAAUCCUAGCGGUGUACCUGUCAUAUCACACUGAUAUGUAUACAAAUGAAAAAAUGAACAAGAAACGUGAUAUCGCAAAUAUUUAUAGAAUACAGUUUCUUAUGUUUUGAUGUUGAAAUCUUCCUCGUAUUAAUGAUGACGUACUAUCAUUCUUAAUGACAUGUAAUGUCAAUAAUCGCGUAGAAAAAAGACAAGUAUUAAUACAUACAAAAGUUGUAAAUAUUAAAAAUCAUAAAAACAGGAUUAAAGUUAUCACUUUCGGAAGAAUUGAUAUUUGACGGUAGCAAAAUAUAUCUCAUUUCAUUGCGAUGUUAUGUAAUACGCAUAUUAUAUGAGCAAGUUUUUAAAUAUUGGUAUAAACAGUUAAGAAAUACUCUCCCUUUCUUAAUCUAAUUAUGAUGUAAAAGAUAUCGGAUAUUCCAUACAGUUUAUAUUACAAUAAAAAAAAAGAAAAAAGAAAAAGGAGUAAGUAA